ACUCCUAAUCGCAAUCUGCAGCCACAUUGUGCGCUUCAUAACGUCUACGUCUACGAUUAGGACUGGGAGACGCUAGGCUUUUGUAAAAUUACUGCAAUCAAUCAUAUUCGAGCCCAGUCAUCGGUCGGUCUUGUUCGUGUAUAGUAGCAGCAAUACAAAGUUAUCAGUGAAUCCGGAAAUGUUGCGCCUGUGGAAACCGAUCGUCUUGUGCAGCCGAUUCCGGUCGCAGCUAAUCAGAGUGUCCCAAAAAUUCAGUUCCCAGCCUGAGUUCGAACGAAAUGUCUUGGAGUCACCGUACACAGUAGACAUCCCGAAAAUGUGUUUAACUGAUUACAUGUUCAAAGAUUACGAAAAGGUUGCCGACAGAACAGCCAUUUCAUGUGGGUCCAGCAAACGCAGUUACAAUUUCGGUAUGACGUAUGAAAUGAUUCAACGAAUGGCUCACGCGCUUCUCGCACAGAAAGGCUGCGCGAUGCGUCCGAAGGAAGUUGUUGGUAUCCUACUGCCCAACAUACCGGAAUUCGUGUCAGCACUGCACGGUAGUUUGCUGGCUGGUAUGGUUGUUACUUUUGCAAAUCCUCUUUACACCCCAGAGGAAAUUUGUCGACAAUUCGAAAAUGCUGAUGUCCGACUAAUUAUUACCCUCCCAGUGCUAAUGCCAGUAGCUCAAAUCUUCAAACGGAAAGCAAAAAAAUACAGAGGGACAGUUUGCAUUGGAGGUAAUCACAAUUUCGAUGACAAUAUUUUCGGAUUUCAACAGCUAUUGUUGGAAAACCAUCGCUCUGAGCUGCCCAAAGUAGAUCCAGAAGAAACAGCUAUAUUGCCCUAUUCUUCUGGCACCACUGGAAUGCCCAAAGGUGUUAUGCUGAGUCACAACAAUCUGGUGGCGAAUCUGGCUCAGGGGUCACAUCCUGAAAUGAACAAAUAUUCAAGACCAGAAUAUGCAAACCGCACCGAAACGAUUCUGACAAUUCCGCCAUUCUUUCAUAUCUAUGGUUUCAACGGUAUCUUGAAUUCAGUACUUAAAUCACGGAAUCAUCUGGUGUCGAUUCCCAGAUUCAUACCUGAGGAUUACAUCCAGUGUUUGAUUGAAUUUCGCCCAAAGUUCCUGUUUGUCGUUCCCUCGUUGAUGCUGUUUCUGGCCACUCAUCCAAAGGUAACAACCGAUCACCUAUCCAGUGUGGACGCAAUCCUAGUAGGGGCUGCGGCAGCCUCAAUCCAGCUUCAGGAAAAGUUUAAACAGAAAUGCGGUGGUCGAGAUGUGGAAAUUGCCCAAGGAUAUGGAAUGACCGAAAGCUCACCGGUGACACUCUGUACCCCGCACAAGUAUGACUUGUCCAAAGUGGGAACUUGCGGACAAUUGUAUCCAAAUACCCAGGCCAAAAUAGUUUCAUUGGUGGAUGGAAGUAACCUCGGAGCGCACCAGACAGGUGAGCUCCUACUCAGAGGUCCACAGAUCAUGAAGGGGUAUCUCAAUAACGAGCAAGCAACCAGGGAGACGUUGGAUUCGAACGGAUGGCUUCAUACCGGCGAUGUGGCUUAUUACGACCAGGACGGAUUCUUCUAUAUUGUUGACCGAACAAAGGAACUGAUCAAAGUCAAAGGCAACCAGGUUUCACCAACGGAGUUGGAAAACUUGAUCAUGGAACUGCCAGAGAUUUCGGAUGUGGCCGUUGCUGGUGUAGCGGAUGAAACGGCCGGUGAACUUCCAAGGGCUUAUGUAGUGCUCAAGCAGGAGCAUAGCUUGAGCGAAAAGACGAUCGUUGAACAUGUGAAGAACCGAGUCGUUAAAUACAAGCAACUUGCCGCUGGAGUAAGAUUUGUAAAGGAAAUUCCACGCAAUGCAGCCGGAAAAGUUAUUCGGCAGCAGCUGCAUCUCUUAGGACAACAACUGGAUGAAUGAUUAUGUAAAAUUUAGUUUAAGAUUUAGGUGUUUUAUGCUAGACUGAUUCUGAAUAGUGAUAGUGCGAAAUAAAGUUUUUUUCCUUGAUGAAAUAAAAAGGGCGAAAAAUAA